ACAAUGCGCAGCUUUCACCGCAGAUUAAAACCCAUGAAGAAGAGAGAGAACCUCUGCGCCCCGAGCUUUUCUCUACGUCGUCUCACUUCGAGGUCUCUGUGCUAUAGCUCUUCUGCUGUUUGUGCACCAUGUCUUCCGCGGACCUGGGCCGGGCCCUUUGCAUCGUCACCGGGGCCUCCAGAGGCUUCGGCCGGACUGUGGCCCUGCAGAUGUCCCGGUCGGUGAAGUCGGGCUCUGCGCUCGUGCUGGCGGCCCGCUCCGGUGACGACCUGCGGGCUCUGCAGGUGGAGCUGUCCGGGUCAGAGGCAGGCAGAGCCGGACUGAAGACUGUGUGUGUGGUGGCGGAUCUGAGCCAGAAGGAAGGACCGGAGAGCGUCGUGAAGGCAGCUGCAGAGGCUUUUUCUGAGGACAUGGAGCACAUAAUACUGAUCAACAACGCAGCCUCUCUGGGUGACGUUUCCCGCUCUGCCAAAGACUUCACCAACAUGGCCGACGUUGACUCGUACCUGUCUUUCAACGUCAGCUCCUUCCUCUGCCUCACCGCCAGCAUCCUGCAGCGUUUCCCACAGCGCCCGGGUCUGAAGAGGACAGUGGUGAACGUGUCGUCACUGUGUGCCCUGCAGCCGUUCUCCUCCUGGGUGCUGUACUGCAGCGGGAAGGCCGCCCGACAUAUGAUGUUCAGGGUGCUGGCUCAGGAGGAGCCGGACCUCAGGGUGCUCAACUACUCUCCAGGUCCUCUGGACACGGCCAUGCAGCAGGCGGCUCGCUCCAGCACGGGCGACUCCGAUCUCAGGAAGGCUUUCUCCGACAUGUUCUCCGAGGGGAAGCUGCUCACCUGUGAGGAGUCCUGCACGAAGAUGAUGAAGCUGCUGCUGGAGGACAAAUACACGUCAGGAGAUCAGAUCGACGUCUACGACCUGUAGGACGCUUCAGACGAUAAAUGUGUGUGUGCCUUUUUUUUUUAAAUUCAGACUCUGUUCAGGAAACCGUUAACGCUCAGUGUUACAAGUCGUAAUCAGCCUCAGUUAUUGCGAAGACGUUUUGGGUCAGUUAAUCUUUGUCUGGUCAUUUCAAUCUGUGGUGAAGUCUAAAGGUCGUAAACGUAAUGUGCCUUACUUUAAUUCAGGUCAAAAUCUCAACGUUUGAGGACAGAGUUUUUAAUUCUACAUGUCGGGUUAGACACAUAGAGACUGCCCUCUACUGGUUAAGUCCAGUUACUACAAUUUAAUUUCUCUGAUCUGGAGGCAGGAGACGUAUUCGUUGCCAGCUUUCGUCACCAAACCCGAUAAACACAACGUCACCUGUCUCACAAACUAUGGAGGAGUGAAGUGGAUUGAUUCUAACUGAUGUCUAAGUAGCUUGAUGUGAAAUAUGGCGCCCGUAAAGUGCGAAGACGAGACUAUUUGUAACCAACUUCAAACCACAUUUAUGUCGUAAAAGUGUCACUGCUGCUUCAUGAGUCGUCGCUAAUGGAUAAAUUACCUAGCUAAACAUGCUAAUAGGUAUAGACUGUAAGAUGUUGGGCUGAUGGUUACGACU